AUGAGGACACUGCUUUCGCGCUUGAUCCAUUCCACGCCUUCCAUUUCCAGGCUCAAUGCAACGGCAGUGUCAGUCAGCGGGAGAAAUCUCUGCACAGAUUCUAAUAAAGUUGAUGAGCCCUUCAAAGUUGAAGAAGCAGAGACUGUAAAUGUGCCCCCACCCCCAACAGAAAAGUUGCUUGUGUUGGGAGGCAAUGGGUUUGUUGGAUCACACAUUUGUAGAGAAGCCUUAGAACGUGGUUUGUCUGUUGCAAGUCUUAGCAGGUCCGGUAAAUCAUCCCUACAUGACUCCUGGGCUGGCAAUGUUACUUGGUAUAAAGGGAAUAUCCUUUCAACUGAUUCAUUGAAAGAAGCUCUGAAUGGUGUCACUGCUGUUAUCUCAUGUGUUGGGGGAUUUGGUUCCAACUCGUACAUGUACAAAAUUAAUGGGACUGCUAACAUCAAUGCAAUUAGAGCAGCUUCAGAUCAAGGUGUUAAAAGAUUUGUCUAUAUCUCUGCAGCUGACUUUGGUGUAGUAAAUUACUUACUGCAGGGGUAUUAUGAAGGAAAGAGAGCUGCUGAAACAGAAAUCCUGAGCAAAUUUCCGUAUGGAGGAGUAAUUCUGAGGCCAGGAUUUAUUUAUGGGACUCGAAGUGUCGGGAGUAUGAAGUUACCCCUUGGUGUAAUUGGAUCUCCAUUGGAAACGGUUCUCCAAAUUGCUAAACCAUUAAACCAGAUCCCUCUUGUUGGGCCUCUCUUGACACCUCCUGUCAAUGUUACUGCGGUGGCAAAAGUUGCUGUUAGAGCUGCCACCGAUCCUGUUUUUCCCCCAGGGAUCAUAGACGUCUACGGAAUAAAACGUUACAGUCAGCAUAAAUCAAACUAA